AUGAAGUCCGCCAUUGCCUCUAUUGCUCUGCCUCUCCUGGCCGCCGCGGCCCCAGCUCCAGUAGCUAGUCCCAGCGCCGCCAGCCUCCCAGCUUUCAGCGUCAUGUCCAUCCGCUCUGCGUCGCCAAUUCACUACAUGCAGAUGAACGCCGCGGGCCAAAAGUUCUACCUCGGUGGAAGCACUUCCUCCUACUGCCCGGGUGUGGAAGGCAUGGUCUGCCCCCCUGGCAACCAGACCGUCUUCGCUCCAGGCGGUAACGCCAUGGAUACCGAGGUUCCUGGUGGUCAGCAGGUCUAUGUUGAUGCCACUGGUGCUUUGAGCUUCACUCAGGCUCACUCAGCUUCUAUUCCCGCUGGGUCUUCGGUCGGCGAUUUGAUUUACGAGGCUGGUGAGCCUUGGUCUCAUUACAGCUUCAAUGGCUGGGGUGCGCAGGGCUUUAUGGCUUGCCCGACCACUGAUAGCCGUUGGCAGGUGUUUGCUGCUUUGCAGAACGCUACUGUGCCCUCUGGGAAUGUGGCUGAUUGUCUUGGCUUUGAUGCUAUUGCUUUGACCUAUACCGGUGAUAUCCCUGCUUGGCAGUAUAUUUAA